UGUGGUGAAAUGAGCUUCUCCAGGACCUGCUUCGGAAUCCUGUCGUUUCUAAUCAGGGGAUGGGCAUCCUGGACCCUGCAGCCCGGUUAGUUCCACCCUAACACCACCCUAUACUGUGUAGUCCCCCUUUUCGGAACUGCGCUGCUGCGAAGCAACACGGACGGAGAUCAGGGAGGUCCGUUGCCGCCGCCGAGGUGAGCCUGCUCCCCGUCCCCUCCUCCUCCUCCUCCUCCUCCUCCUCCUCCGGUCCUCCUCGGAGCACAAUGCGCUGAUCUGCGCUCAGUCUGUGGAAUGAUGAUGUCUGUCGUCUCCACUGUGGAGAGCGUCCCCAGAGGUACGGGCACCCCAGCACCGAGCCUUUACCAGCGGAUCAGGAGGGUCUUAACCAGGGACCUGUUGGUGACCCUGGCCCUGGGUCAGGUCCUGUCCUUGUUAGUCUGUGCUAUCAGUCUGACCAGCAAGUACCUGGCUGAUGACUUCCACGCAAACACGCCGGUGUUCCAGAGCUUUCUCAACUACAUCCUGCUAUUUCUGGUCUACACCACCACACUGGCAGUCAGGCAAGGGGAAGGGAACCUGCUGGCCAUUCUGAAGCAGCGCUGGUGGAAAUACAUGAUUCUGGGUUUGAUAGACAUCGAGGCCAACUAUCUGGUGCUGAAAGCUUACCAGUACACAACACUCUCCAGUGUACAGCUGUUGGACUGUUUCGUCAUCCCAGUGGUUCUGCUGCUGUCCUGGUUCUUUCUUUUGGUGAGGUACAAGGCUGUCCACUUUGUCGGGGCCGGACUGUGCCUGCUGGGGGUCGGCUGCAUGGUGGGAGCUGACUUCCUACUUGGUCGGCAGCAAGGCCUUGGAGAGGAGAAGCUGUUUGGGGACCUUCUUGUUCUGGGUGGAGCAACACUGUACGGGAUCUCCAACGUCUGUGAGGAGUUCAUCGUGAAGAACCUGAGCCGUGUAGAGUUCCUCGGCAUGAUGGGACUCUUCGGAUCCUUCUUCAGUGGCAUCCAGCUGGCCAUCAUGGAACACAAGGAGCUGCUGAAGGUACCCUGGGACUGGCAGAUAGGUCUUCUGUACGUUGGUUUCAGUGCCUUCAUGUUCGGACUGUACAGCUUCAUGCCGGUGGUGAUAAAGAGAACGAGUGCCACCUCAGUCAAUCUCUCCCUGCUCACAGCUGACCUGUACUGCUUCUUCUGUGGCCUCUUCCUCUUUCACUACAAGUUCUCGGGCCUCUAUCUGUUGUCGUUCCUCAUCAUUAUCUUGGGCCUUGUCCUUUACUCCACUUCAUCUACCUACGUGGCCCAGGACCCGCGAGUCUACAAGCAGUUCAGGAACACAGGUGGUCAGCCGGCCACCGACCAGCCUCCGCUCGGUACUGGAGUCCUGGAGCCCUCCGUCACCUACACCAGCCUGGGUCCCGAGGCGGGGGAUGAGCUUCCUGUACGUGUCGCCUAAAAUCUGGCAGGUAGUUUAGUCUGUCAGCUGAGGGAUCAGUGAGUCAGCUGCAGCUGUAUACAGAGAAAUAGUGCUGGCUGUACCCUGUCUGCUGAGCAGGACAGCUGGGUGAUCACCCAAGUAGGUCCAGGU